AUUCGCGCAGCUUACUUAACUCCGAAGAACCUCGUGAUGACAAUCGUAGGUGACACAACGUACGUGAGACCAAUGAUAUAUAAUAGGGGCUGAACUACCCCUGAUAUUUUUGCUUUUAUAGUUACACAGUUCUGCACAUUAUUUCCACGCACAGAAUCACAUCGAAUACCUAUCCUCUUGGUCUAGCACGAACGCGAAUUUACCUAGGUAGGUCUAGCGCAAUGCCGUCUCAUAGGACAAAGAAUACGGUCAGCUAUAUUCUUCUAGACCGACCGUGGUUUAAGUGCCGAAAAUCACCGCAUGGAAACCCCCCCAAAAUAUUAUCUCGCCAGGCUUAAUGGAGGGGGAUUUCUUUGAAGUAUUAUUCAGUGCCGGAUAUAUGGAUUGGAUCGCGUGUUUGGUUCCCCGCAUCGAAUAAUAAUAAUAUACCGCAUUCUCCUUUCAAUGCAACCAACAUGCAUCAAACUAGGGAGGCCCUCAACCAUUUUGUCCUAUUAAAGUCUCUGUUCGGUGAUUUUAUAUAUAACACUUAAGAGGACAUAACAAACUUCAAAAAAAUUUAGAAUCUACAACAGUAAAUUAUCUACAGAAUGGACAAGUUACGGAACUUCGGUCGUGGCAUUGACGAUGUGCUUCUACCCACCUUCGCCGCCUAUGCACAAUACAUAAUCGCUAAAGAAAGCGAGAUUCGAUCGACACGACAUGAGACACAUAAAUAUGGUUUCACAGAUCGACAACAACUAGACAUUUACUACCCGGAUAGAGCACCAACCGAGCCGUUUCGCGCCAAGCCUGUACUCGUUUUCUUAUACGGAGGUGGCUUCGUCGGUGGCGACAAAGUGAAUGAGGAGUAUGCACAUAGCCUAGUUUUCGGAAACCUCGGUCACUUCUUCGCUUCCCGCUAUGGCAUUACAGUGAUUGUCGCGGACUACCGGCUUAUUUCCCACGGUGCUAAGUACCCCUCCGGCGGCGAGGACGUGAAGCUCGCCGUGGAUUGGGUCGUUAAUGAACUGUCCAAGAAGGAUGGAUAUGAAUCUAUUGACCUAUUUCUUUUUGGAAACUCGGCUGGUGGUAUUCACGUCACGACGUACCUUGUCGCCCCGGACUUUAAAGCGGACAGGGAGAAAGUCCUAGCCGAAGAGCGUAAAGGUGCCGGUGUGUUACUCCGAGGCGCGAUUCUAUUGGGUGUGCCGUUCCAUUGGGGUAACGAAGAUAAUGCAAUCUUAAGAGGCUACCUUGGCGAGGGCAAGAUCUGGGAGAACUCAUCGAUCGGCAUCCUUGAAAAAGAAAAGAAGAAAGGCGCUGAGCCGAAGCUACCCGGUGUCAAGAUCGAUGUACUCGUCAGCGAGUUAGACCCUCAGCUCAUGUUCGACUCGGCUCAGCAGUUUAGGAAUGAGUGGAAGAGUGUAGACACCACGUACGAUGUGCUGGAGGGCCAUAACCAUAUUAGUCCCCAGUUAGGACUUAGCACAGGAAUCGAGAGAGAAGAGGCUUGGGGCGUGGACGUUGCUAAGUUUAUCAAGUCUAGAGCUACGAAAUAGGUAAUGA